AUGACCGCACCAGACACGGGUGCAAAUAGCUCACUUACCGCAAUGAUGGAGGAUCCUUUUGUGUCUAGUAAUUCCGACGACCUUCCUGCCUCUCGCGACUCUCAUCGUUUGCCAUCAUUUGAUACUCAAUUAUUCAACCUUAAUGCCUCCUCGCCUGCACAAGCCAAGCGUGCCCUCGAGACUCGACUAGCCGAAACUGAACGUCAACUUGAACAAGCAUCCAAAGUUGGAACCGCCCUCGUCGAACAACAACGGCAGCUCGAGGAUCAUAUCAAGAUUCUUGAAAACCAAAAGGAUGAAAGCGAGAUAUCAUCGGAAUUGCGCCAAAAACUGGCAGACUUGGAGCGCGAGUAUGCAGAGACAGAACGGGAUACUGCGCGCGCCAUUUUGGCACCGAAGCGACUGGCAGGUAGCUCGGAUGAUCAUCUAGGCACCCCCGGCAUUGACCCAAAGUCCCCUCUUAACUCCGCUCUCUUCGCCGGACAGGCUACAAAUUCCCCAAGCAAAGUCAGCGUCCCAUCUCGCAGACAACGAAACCAACCAUCCGGCCGCGUACAUGAUAUCGAGUUUGCGACUGAGAUCUCCACUUCCUUGCUCAGCCAAGUACGGCAGUUACAGAGUGUUGUGGCAGAACGAGAUGAGACCAUCAAAUCCGACAAGUUGGAGAAAAGUCGAAUGGAACUAGAGAUUGAAGGUCUUCAACAGCGAGUUCGAGUUCUUGAUGACAGUGAACAGCGUUACAAGGACGAGAAUUGGUCUCUGGAGACGCAGACUCAUGAAUUGAUGAACUCUGUAAAGGAAGCGAACGAACGGGAAAAGAAGCUCAACGGCACCCUGAGCGCGGCCAAUACGGAAAAGAGCUCAGUCCAGCGCGAAGUCGAAGAAUUACGGCAGGCAAACUCAAAGCUUUUGGAAGAGCAGGCGUACAUCCAGAAAGUCAAUGACUCCGAAAUCCAUCUCCUGCGACGCAACCUGAAUGCUGGCGAUCUAGAAAAGGCCGCACUUCAGAAGAAACUCGAAGAGUUGAACUCGCAGAACCAAGAGCUCGCUAAGGUGGUUGCAAUGCGCAUCCGAGAACAUGAAUCACAAGGCAACCGAGACCUGGCCGAUGACAAUGACAGCGACGAGUCAGAGCAGAAUACUCCGGACAACUCUCCACCACCUUCUCCCAACAAGUUUACUCCCCGACACGGCCACCUGGAAUCGGAAACUUUGAAGAGUUCCCUGGGCCAUGCCCAUCGUAUGAUUCAGAAUCUCAAGAGUACAAUUCACCGAGAGAAGACCGAGAAGAUCGAACUCAAGCGUAUGUUGCAAGAGUCCCGGGAUGAGAUUGAGCAGCGUCGCCGUGAGACCGCAGCUCCUAACGGAACCUCGACCAAACGCUUGAAGAAGAAGGAUGAAUCUUUCCGGAAGCCUGCUCGCCCCGACUUGCUGGGUGCUGGCCGCAAAGAGAAGUCGCAGGUUGAGGUUCAAGAAGACACCGACUGGGAGGACAAUGCCAGUCAAAUCAGCCCGACUCGCUCUACCUCAAAUGUCUUUGUUAAGGGUCGACCCGGACGCGCUUCUCCAGACGAGCCCAGUGAUGUCUACCAGACCGCCACUGAAGCCGAAGAUGGCUUUGAGACCGCUAACGAGCGAGCAACUGCAACUGAGAGCGAGGCCUUCCAGACUGGCGUCGAGAGCAUGGCCGAUGAUAGCAGUGACUCUGCCGAUCUUACCGAGACGGAGAACAAUGUCCAGACCACCCCUCGCCAGCGUGUUUCUCCUUCUUUGGUGAUGUCGAAGGCUCGCGAUCGUAAUUCCUGGCACAGCUCUGCGUCUACCUCGGAUGACGAUGACGACCAGGAUAGUGGUCAUCCUUCCCCCAGCCAAGUUUACAUCUCCCGUCCCCGGGUCAAGUCCAAGCGAAGCGUUCUCAGACGCAUUCGGCCGUCCGGAGAGGCACCCAUGGCCUCCAGCAGCCGACCAUCAAGUGCACGUGAGUCUAUUGCCUCUCUUGCCGGCAGCUUUGAGCAGGAAGCUCCAUCUCAAGAAGGUGGUCAGAGUCUCUUCGCCGAGCUUGCAGAGCUUGAAGGUGGUGAGGAGGAGUACGAUGAUGAGGAAGCGGGUACUUCUCAGGCCUCAACACCACGCAUGCUGGCCACAUCUGAUUCUCGCCGUCCCUCUGAUGCUGUGGCUCUGGACUUUGUGCCUAGACCCGUUAUGGUUGAUUCUGGUAUGAUGACGGAGCCUUGGGAGCCCACGGCUCUUGCUAGCGCCACUGUCAUUGGCGAGGCUGCCCUUGUUGGUGGUGCAGCUGCCGCUGCCGCCAGCACUGUGUUUGCGAAUGCUCCAUCGACUCCUAAGAAGGAUUCCAUUGAGGAGAGUCGUGGAGUCCCUGCCGCUGAGGAACAGCAGACUCCAAAAUUGGUCAGCUCAGGAACUCAGUGGACACCAUUGAAACACUCUGCUGCUGCUGAAGAUGAUCAUUUGUCAAAUGUCCCCACCCCGCCAAAGAUGGCCUGGGAUGAACGUGUUGUGGAGAUUCAGCAAGUUGAAGCGGGAACUCAGGCCGAACCUGAACUACUAGAGCUGGCUAUGGCAACGAUCACAUCUCAGGAAACCCUGCCCACUUUGCCCAAAUGGCCAGAAAUGGGUAUCUCAUAUAUCUCCGGAAAUGUGACCGUGCCUGUUAAGCAUGAGCCUCCAGUGCCAGAGUUCCCAGAGUUGAAUGUAUCCUCAAUUUCCUCUCAAACGACCGAACCUGUUCGACAAGUGGUUCCUGUGCCAGAGUUCCCAAAGUUGAAUGUAUCUUCAAUUUCUUCUCAAACAACCGAGCCUGUUCGACAAGUCGUUCCCGUGCCAGAGCUUCCGGAGGUGAAUGUGUCCUCGAUCUCGUCGCAGUUCACUGAACCUCUUGCGGCAAUCAUCCCUGAGCCGGAGCCCGUCAUUCCCAUCGAGCCCGUGCGAGAAAUACCAGAACUCUCCUUAUCGUCAGUGUUCACCUCCUACUCCACUGAACCUGUUCAGGCGCGUCUUCCCGAACCUGAACCAACACCUGUACCCGUUGUCGAGGAGGUACCCAUCCCUGAAGUCGGAGUCUCGUCUAUCUCUUCCCAACACACACUGCCUAUCAUACCAGAGCUUCCUGAGCCUAAGGUGAUAGAGGUACCAGUACCUGUUGUCGAAGAAAGACCUAUCCCCGAAGUUGGAAUCUCUUCGGUCUCUUCACAGAAUACCGAGCCUAUUGUGCCCGAGCUUCCCGAGCCUACGGUGAUAGAAAUACCGGUUCCAGUGCCUGUUGUUGAAGAGAAGCCCAUCCCUGAAGUUGGAAUGUCCUAUGUGUCUUCGCAACACACCCAACCUAUUGUGCCCGAGCUGCCCAAGCCUCAAGUGAUAGAGGUGCCAGUGCCUGUUGUUGAAGAGAAGCCCAUCCCUGAAGUUGGAAUGUCCUAUGUGUCUUCGCAACACACCCAACCUAUUGUGCCCGAGCUGCCCAAGCCUCAAGUGAUAGAGGUGCCAGUACCUGUUGUUGAAGAAAAGCCAAUUCCUGAAGUUGGAAUGUCGUCUCUGUCUUCGCAACACACCGAGCCCAUUGUUCCACAGCUGCCAGAGCCAGUACCUGAACCUACACCAGCUAUUCCACAGCUAAACAUCUCUUGGCUGGAUCUCUCUGUCACGGAGCCUAUUACACCCAAGCCAGUGGAAAUUGCUCCGCAGCCCCUACCCACUAUUACGACCUUGCGCUCGGUGGAAACUCAUCCCAUCAACUGGGUCCCUCGAGCUAUUCCUUCCAUGUCCGAGUUUGGCAUUCAGACAGACCCGAUGGAUGAGCCGAAGGCUGCUGCUGGUGUGGCCGUGGCUGUGUUCGAAGAUUCCGAUUCUAGUGAAGCAGAUCGUAGCCGUGCUAGCACUAGUACCAACGAGCAACGGAUAAGCACUGGCUUGGCUCUCAGUGAUAUCUCUGGCAAUGCUCUAGACAGACAACUGACCAGCUCUGUCAGCACUGAUCAGGGCUGUCAGACCAUGUUAUCGUCGGCGCAGAUUGAUCAAAUCCUGAUCGAUCGAGAAUCUGCCCGGCCAGUAUCGUCCGCUGAUAGCAGACAAUCAAGGGAAGUGGCUGCUGUUGCAGUUACAGCCGCAUCGCCAUUCGCAACCCCCAAACUUCGCCCUCGCCCCCAACAUCAAUCAUCUGCCAAAUCAUCCGCAUCCACCACCCCCCGCCGACCAGACACUGCCACUAGCCAGCUCUCUUCUUCUAGCAUCCACCCACCAUUGCCCUCUGAUCACCGCGAGGCGAUCUUGGCUGCUGAAAAGAAGUCAGUUGACCUGGCUCCGCCUGUGUCACCCAGUGUCAUGGGGCCUCCCCUGGCGCCUGCCUCUGCCUAUCGUAUGAACUCGCAGACGGCCCCUCGAACCCCCAACGAGCAAGGUACGACGCGUGCUGGAUCGUCACGGACCGUGUCUACCCAGCCGCGCAUGCGAAGAGGAAGCCAGAGCCAGAUGUCCAGACGAUCAUCGGUAUCAUCAUUUGCAUCCGAAAUUGAAGAAAGAUUUAACUCGAACCCUCACAAUGGACUUAUGCCCAAUGGUCCUAACUCUGAUCCCCGCAUGAUUCAAGCUAUCACUCAAACUAUGAUUGGUGAAUACCUUUGGAAAUAUACUCGCAAGACUGGUUCCGAAGGUAUGUCGACGACACGGCAUCGCCGGUACUUCUGGAUCCACCCCUAUACUCGCAUGCUGUACUGGAGUGAUCGAGACCCCCAGUCCAAUGGAAAGAAUGAGACUCGCGCAAAGAGUGUUCCUAUCGAGGCUGUGCGAGUUGUCGCAGAUGACAACCCGUACCCUCCAGGCCUCCACUGCCGAAGCUUAGAAGUUGUCAGUCCUGGUCGCCGAGUACGAUUCACUGCCAGUACGAGCCAAAGACAUGAUACUUGGUACAAUGCACUAUCUUACCUCCUCGCGAGGGUGGAGAAUAACUCCGAAGAUAAUGACAACAAUGUGACUUUGGAUGACAUUGACGAAUUCAAUCCUGGGUUCCGAUCUGGAUCACGCCAAACAGCGCGCAUGUCUCUCUCCUCUUAUAAUAGCCGCACACUCCGUCAACCACCAAAGCCACAGCGAGCUGCUUCGGCCAUGUCUAUGCGGUCAACAGGGACCCCGGGACGUGCCUCACCUGCUCUCAGCUCCCCGGGUCCCAACUCGGGCCCUCAUUCCUCCUUGCAAGUCCCAGAAGAGCGCCAGCGUUCGUCAUCUCGGCUCAGCAAUAUCUUCAACGGUUCCAUUCGUAGCAUGAAGGGUCGCAGUGGCCAGUCCUCAAGUGUCCAUGAUGGAAGUGUUCGUGGUCAGGAAAGCAUUGAGGAUUUUGGACACACACAUACAGCCGACGAGCAUGACCGACUUGAGAAUGUCCGUGCCUGCUGUGAUGGCAAGCAUGACGUUGGUUCUCUCUCUCGUACGAGUCGAUACAGCCCUCGGGUUGACCGCAUUCAUUCGCAUCACUAA